UAGCAUAUUUUAAAAAUCGAUCUCCAUCGCUCUCGGAUAGAUUUGUGAUUAGGUUCAAAGUAUAUGUUAAUCUACAUUAUACGUAUGUAUAAAAUAUACACAUAUCUACUGCGUGCAUAUAUAUAUAUAGUGAGAUGCUAAUCGCUUUGUCCCUUUCCUAUUGGUGAAGAGGACAAAGUAGAAGAGUAUUUUAGCCUCUUCUUGUGAUACUUUUAGAAAUUUUUGAGCGGUCUUAUCUUCUCCUCCACCUCAAGCUACUACUUAGUACUUACCAUGGCCACAAUACCUCCUCCGGCUAGCUUACAUAUUCUUAAGACGGCGGCUUUGAGAUCUCCGGUAAUGGUUUCAGCCGUUAUGAACCGGCAUUUUCUUGAGUUCUCUACUUUUAGUAGAUGUUUUGAGAGUAAUUUCUUGAGCCAAAUGAGGAAACAAGAGGUUUUGAGACAUCGUCGGCGAGUCAGCACCGUGGUGGUUGCGGCGGGAAACUUGACGGCUCCGUCGUCAUGGGAAUCUUGGAAGCCAGAUAAGGUGGCGGUGGCGACGCCUCUAUUGUUGAGUGAUGUCAUUUGGCCUGCAGCUGGAGCCUUUGCGGCAAUGGCAAUAUUGGGAAGAAUUGACCAAAUGUUAUCUCCAAAAGGGAUAUCAAUGUCAGUUGCAUCACUUGGUGCCGUCUCCGCUAUUCUUUUCACCACUCCUUCUGCUCCUACUGCUCGGAAAUACAACAUGUUUUUGGCUCAAAUAGGUUGUGCUGCGAUUGGAGUGGUGGCGUUCUCCGUCUUUGGCCCAGGCUGGCUCGCCCGGAGCGUAGCCCUCGCCGCUUCCAUCGCAUUUAUGGUCAUUACUCGAGCCAAUCAUCCUCCUGCGGCGAGCUUACCACUAAUGUUCAUAGAUGGAGCAAAGUUCCAUCACUUGAAUUUUUGGUACACAUUGUUCCCAGGAGCAGCUGCUUGUGUCAUUCUCUGCCUUCUUCAAUCGAUCGUAUGUUACCUGAAGGAAAACAUUAAAUUUUGAUUACUUAUCACGCGACACAUACGAUCGAAUGAUUAUAUAAUACUAGUAAUAAUAAUGUACAAAUAUACAUACAUUGAUGGGAAUCCUGUGAAGAAAUUUGAUUCAUGUGUACAUUUGAUUUGGACGUAUGUAUAUAGAAAUACGUUCAUUCAGCAUAACUCUCUGUUAUUUUUUCUUCUGCUUGUUAUUAGUUUUUUUUAUUGUCUAAGAUAAUCAACAUUUGACACUUUACAUAAAACUAACAAAUGGAAUCUUUU